ACAGCCCGGGGAUCCGGACAUCCUUGCUCUUCGCUCCGUCGGUUCAGGCCUUAAGCUUGAGGAGGUUGUGAUGCAGGAAGGGGGUCCUACGCUCCUGUGUGAUGUUUCCACAGGGCGGCCUCGACCUGUGGUUCCGGCAGGUUGGCGGCGGCGCGUUUUUGACUCCGUUCAUUCGCUUUCGCAUCCAGGUGUGUGCAUCGGUUAAGCUGGUCGGUUCUCGUUUCGUGUGGCCUGGGUUUCGUAAAGACGUUAAGGGGUGGGCGGCAUCUUGUGCUGCGUGCCAGCGUGCCAAGGUGCACCGGCAUACCAAAGCCCCUCUUGAACCUUUUCCGAUUCCUGCCAGGCGUUUUGACCAUGUGCACGUGGAUCUAGUUGGGCCCCUGCCGCCUUCCAAGGGUUUUACUUACCUGCUCACAAUGGUGGAUCGUACCACCAGGUGGCCUGAGGUGGUUCCCCUGUCAUCCACUGCAUCCACCGAUGUGGUUGGUGCCUUCCUCUCUGCUUGGGUGGCCCGUUUUGGUGUACCAUCAGACGUUACUUCUGACAGGGGCCCUCAGUUUAUUUCAGAGCUCUGGUCAGGGAUGGCGCGUUCCUUGGAGGUGCAGGUACACCGUACUACGGCUUACCACCCUCAAUCUAAUGGGUUGUGUGAACGUUUCCAUCGUUCGCUCAAGGCAGCCCUGCGCGCUACGCUCGUGGGUGACAGUUGGGUGGAUCGCUUACCGUGGGUCCUGCUCGGGUUGCGCGCCGCUCCCAAGGAGGAUCUUGGCGCGUCCUCUGCGGAAUUGGUGUUUUGCCAGCCGGUCCGUGUCCCGGGUGAGUUUUUGCUGGAGUCAGCCGCACCGUGUCUCCGUUCUGCGGUGGAUCCCUUUUCGUCCGGCGGUUCUUUGGCCCCAGGCCCUAUGCACCACUGUUUCCCUCGGAUUUUUGUGCCUACGGCUCUCAUGUCUGCCCGUUUUGUUUUUUUACGCCGCGAUGCCCACCGCUCGCCCCUCCAGCCUCCUUACGAUGGUCCCUUCCGCGUGCUUGAGCACGGGGCCAAGGGUUUUGUUUUGGACGUGGGCGGGCGCAGUGAGCUAGUUUCUGUGGAUCGACUUAAGCCUGCUUAUGCUGUGGCAGGCGAGGCUGUGUUGCUGGGCCAGGUUCCUCAUCGCGGCCGUCCUCCUUCCCGGCCUCCGGCUCUGUCUGAUCGUACUGAUUGUGUUCCUCAUCCUGUAAUGGACAAUGUUGUUCCUGCCCACUGUUCUGACAAGCGCCUUGUUUUGCAGGUUCCUCCCACUGACUCGACGGUGGUCCGGCGCAGCCGCUAUGGGAGGCCUCUUAGGCCCCCGUUGGGACGUUAAUUUGCAUGCCAUGUUCCCUUCUGGGUGUUCGGGGGGGGGCUGUGUAGUGUACAGCUUAGAGAGGUUCUCUCACCCAUUGGACUUGGUGGUUUAGGGGGCGUGCCUGAGACCCCAUAGUUUUGUUGCUGACAUUGUUUUCGCGGCAUUCUGUGUGUGGCUCGAGAAGAAUAAAGUUGACUCACCAGCAACUAGCUCGUGUCUCCCUCUUCUUCGCCACAAUAUGUGUUAUUUAAAACUAAAAAUGCUGGUUCA